UCUCCCAGCUGUUUUCCGUCGACCUCGGCUCUUUCCGCCUGCGCCUUCGGGUAUUUCCGGCGGACGAUUCGGCUGUUUCCGCCGUCGGUUCGGGCGGACUCGGCGCCCGCCGGCCUCGCUUGCUCCGGUAACGGUCGGUGCGGGUUCAAAUGAGCCGCGGCCGGGCCGGGCCCCGCCGUGACUCGCUCUGAGCCGGGCCGGGACUGGGGCCACCCCGCUCGGGCUCGGCGGCCAGGAGGCGGAGGCCGGGGAGAGCAGGAUGACGGUGCUGCAGGAACCCGUCCAGGCUGCUAUCUGGCAAGCACUGAACCACUACGCGUACCGUGACGCCGUGUUCCUCGCAGAGAGGUUGUAUGCAGAAGUACACUCAGAAGAAGCACUGUUUUUACUGGCAACGUGUUACUACCGCUCAGGAAAGGCCUACAAAGCUUACAGGCUCCUAAAGGGACACAGCUGUACCACCCCACAGUGCAAAUACCUGCUUGCAAAAUGUUGUGUGGACCUCAGCAAGCUUGCAGAAGGAGAGCAGAUCUUGUCUGGUGGAGUGUUGAAUAAACAGAAAAGCCAUGAUGACAUUGUUAUGGAGUUUGGUGACUCUGCAUGCUUUACACUCUCCUUACUGGGACAUGUCUACUGCAAGACAGACCGGCUUGCCAAAGGAUCAGAAUGUUACCAAAAGAGCCUUAGUUUAAAUCCUUUCCUCUGGUCCCCUUUUGAAUCACUAUGUGAAAUAGGUGAAAAGCCAGACCCUGACCAAACAUUUAAAUUAACAUCCUUACAGAACUUCAGCAGCUGUCUGCCCAACACUUGCACAACAGUGGUGUCUAAUCACAACAUAUCCCACAGACAGCCUGAGAGUGUCCUCAUGGAGACACCCCAGGACACCAUUGAGUUGAACAGAAUCAACCUAGAAUCCUCCAAUUCCAAGUAUUCCUCCCUGAAUUCAGACUCUUCCAUGUCUUACAUUGACUCGGCUGUGAUUUCCUCAGAUUCUGUCCCUCUGGGGUCAGGAACUGCCAUAUUGUCCAAACAGGCUCAGAACAAACCAAAAACUGGACGGAGUUUACUGGGGGGACCUGCAGCUUUGAGCCCACUAACUCCAAGCUUUGGAAUUUUGCCACUAGAAACCCCAAGCCCUGGAGAUGGAUCCUAUUUACAGAACUACACCAACUCCUCCUCUGUAAUUGAUGUGCCAUCCACGGGAGCACCUUCGAAGAAGAAACUGUGUGUUGUGCAGACUGUCAGCAGGAUCAGCCAGGCUGGAACAAAAUCUGUCUUCUCCCAGAGUGGGAAUAGCCGGGAAGUCACUCCAAUUCUUGUUGCACAAACACAGAGCUCUGGUCCACAGACAAGUACAACACCUCAGGUAUUGAGCCCAACCAUUGCUGCUCCACCCAACGCGCUGCCUCGACGAAGCUCUCGCCUGUUUACCAGUGAUAGUUCUACAACCAAGGAAAAUAGCAAAAAAUUAAAAAUGAAGUUUCCACCUAAGAUUCCAAACAGAAAAACAAAAAGUAAAACAAAUAAGGGAGGAAUAACUCAACCAAACUUAAAUGACAGUUUGGAAAUUACCAAACUGGACUCUUCCAUCAUUUCAGAAGGGAAAAUUUCCACUGUUGCACCACAAAUCCAAGCUUUCACUCUACAGAAGGCAGCAGCAGAAGGUUUGAUGAGCCUUCUCCGGGACAUGGGGAAAGGUUAUUUAGCCUUGUGCUCAUACAACUGUAAAGAAGCCAUCAAUAUUUUGAGCCAUUUGCCAUCCCACCACUACAACACAGGCUGGGUGCUGUGCCAAAUUGGGAGAGCUUACUUUGAGCUGGCAGAAUACAUGCAGGCUGAGAGAAUAUUUUCAGAAGUGAGGAGGAUUGAAAACUACAGAGUAGAAGGCAUGGAAAUCUAUUCAACCACACUCUGGCAUCUGCAGAAAGAUGUUGCCCUUUCAGUUCUUUCUAAGGAUUUGACAGACAUGGAUAAAAACUCACCAGAGGCCUGGUGUGCUGCAGGAAACUGCUUCAGCUUGCAGAGGGAGCACGAUAUAGCCAUCAAGUUCUUCCAGAGGGCCAUCCAGGUGGACCCAAACUAUGCCUAUGCCUACACCCUGCUGGGCCACGAGUUUGUGCUGACAGAGGAGCUGGACAAAGCCUUGGCCUGUUUCAGAAACGCCAUCAGAGUCAACCCCCGGCACUACAAUGCCUGGUAUGGGUUGGGAAUGAUUUAUUACAAACAGGAGAAAUUCAGUCUGGCAGAAAUGCAUUUCCAGAAAGCACUUGAUAUCAACCCUCAGAGCUCAGUCCUGCUGUGUCACAUUGGAGUAGUCCAACAUGCACUGAAGAAAUCAGAGAAGGCUUUGGACACUUUGAACAAAGCAAUCAACAUUGACCCCAAGAACCCACUAUGCAAAUUCCACAGAGCCUCGGUGUUAUUUGCAAAUGAGAAGUACAAGUCAGCUUUACAAGAACUUGAAGAACUAAAACAGAUUGUUCCCAAAGAGUCUCUUGUUUACUUUUUGAUAGGAAAGGUUUAUAAAAAGCUGGGUCAGACACAUCUGGCCCUAAUGAAUUUCUCCUGGGCAAUGGACCUGGAUCCCAAAGGAGCCAACAACCAGAUCAAGGAGGCCAUUGACAAACGUUACCUGCCCGACGACGAGGAGCCCAUCACCCGUGAGGAGCAGAUCAGUGAAUGUUACCCCUACGAGUCAGCGGGCACAGACGAGUCCCAGGAGAGCAGCAUGACGGACGCGGACGACACGCAGCUCCACGCCGUGGAAAGUGAUGAAUUUUAACCUCCAAGAGCCAGUGUCUGAGCUUGAGUGUGUGUGACUGGUACUGUCGUGUUGUCCCCUUCCUUGGCAUCCUGGGCUCUACAUCUCUGAGCCAGCACUGUCAUUGUUCUCCACUGACACCACGAGUGCACCUCAGACCUGAACUCGGCAGAGUUCAUGGCAGUGCAAUAUCCAGCUGCUGCUGAGUCUCACUAGUUGGCUCUUACACACCCAUGGCAGUGACUGAGGAGAAAAUGCUGGUUUUGGACUCCCCCUCGCUGGAAAAAAAUAUCAUGGAAGACAGACUUGUGGUUUGGUGUAUGGAAGCCAGUAGGUGCGGGGAUAGUACUAAUGACGAGGUGUCUUGUUCUUUUUCCAGAAAUGUGUCUUAGUUUGGGUCUUUCUUGAUGAGCAGAGUACUGAACCUCAUUUCCAAGUUCUCCAAGGACACUGUUGACAAACAGGCUGUUGAAGACUUUUGCAUAUUGUAGUGUAACUUAAAUGCCAGGGAGUGUCAAUGACCUUAAAGCUGCAGUGUCUCCAGUGAGCAGCCAGGACUGGGCGUGUGUCAGGACACGUGGAAUACCCCUGGCCCUGCCCAGAGUGCAACUGCAGGAGAAUCACACUGCAGGAUCAGAGCUUUCAUCAAAUGCUUUCAUGUUCUAACCAUGAGUUAAUUUAUUCACCUGCUUUUGGAAAGGUCAGUGUUUACUUUGUAUUUCUGUCAGCACCACCUUGCUUCAUUUUUCAUGCACCCCUUGACUUGUUCUUCCCCUUUGAAGAAUAAAAAUUAAUAAAGGGAAAAAUCAAGAGAGAAAUGUAGAUGCAAAUGUAAUGUGAAACAUCAAGCCCUUAGUCCUGUGAGAGUGGGAAGAUUGGAAGCCUUAAUACAAUCAGAACCUUGGUCAAAUGCAUCAAAUAAUUGUCUCAGAUCUCCUUGGGUCUGGUAUCACUUUGAAAACUAUUUUGUGAAGUAUGGUCCAAGCAGAAUGCAAAAAUGUGCAAUUAUCUGUCUCUUUCCUUAUUUUUUAAGCUGUUCUUUCAGUUUCCCAUUCUAGGAGCACUCUCCUCCAGGGUCUGUUUCUGAGAGGAGAAAGCUGUGCCACAUUAGUGAGUCCAAACUGCUCUCUGUAGCAUUCUGCAGCAGCAAUUGGUGCCCUUUGUGCAGUGAUGAUAAAGAAAGUGUAUGAUAUAAGCAGUUUUAAAGAACAAUUUAUGCAUAAUAAAUUGGGAAUGAUACAAAUUUCAUAGCAAUGUAUUUGUUGUGAUCAGUCUUAAUUUUUUUUAAAAAUCUAUUGGGUUUUAGGUGUCUCUUAGUUUCCUUUAUAUUUCAAUUUCUUUUGAAUUCUGUCCUUGUCCACUUGGCACCUCUUCUCUCCCAGGUUCUCUCUGGCCAGGAGCCACAUUGGCACCUUUAUCCUUUGAAAAAUCAUCCUCAAGUUUUGAGCAAAACCAGAAUUUUGUGGUUCGGGGGGCUUUUUUUGAAGUAGGAGGAUGGGCAGUGAAAAAUGGGUUUCAAUUCCCUUCACAAGGUGAAAAAGCCCCCUAAAAUCUGAGGAAUUAAGAGAUUAAAUGAACUUUGUGCCUCUGCCCUGCACUUUGAUCAGCUGGGUGUGGAAUUGAUGGGUUUGACAAGGACUGUUGGUGGUGACACAUGGGGGCUGCGCUGAGCUCUGCCCCCAUUCCCCUCCCCGGGGAAGGCACAGGGCUCAGGCUGCCCUGGAGCUGCUCUGCACCAGCACAGAGCUCCCAGCUCUGCUCCUGGGCUCUUCCAGCUCAGCUUGUGGCAGCUUCCCAGCACAUCCCUCCCUGGAGCAGUCUGAGCAGCACCUCCUGGUAAGGUCUGCAGGCAGCACUGGUGGAAUGCCUUUAAUCAUCAUGGUAAUUGGCUUCCUUUAGGGUCCCAGCAUAUGUUCUGAACAAAAAGCAGGAGAAAGCAGGUGCUAUUUACUUUGCCAUAGCAAACGUUGUUCGUGUGGGGACCAGCGAUCCAGGAAUUAUGGGGGCUUUUUUCCUUUUCCUUUGUUCCCUGAAAAAUGCAGUAAAACUUUCAACCUCUUGGAGAAUGCUGUUAAUUCAGCUGGGGAUGUUCAAAGGAUGUUCCUGCUAUUUUGAAAACUUAAUACGUAAAAGCGUUCCUGGCUUUAUAUGUUCAUCCUACCUUAAAGGUAUUUUCUUUUUUCCCCAAAAAUCCAGGGUCACACUUAACCCAUGCUGCUAUUUUACAUUCUAAGGAAAAACACCAAAUUAGUAUUGAAGGACUAAAAUCUGGCUCUUUGAGGAACAGAGGAUAAGAGGCUGAGCAUGGAGGCGCUGGCAGGCAGGUGAGCAAGUGUUCACUGAAGAGAAUUAGGAAAAUGACAUUUUCUUAUAACAAAACUAUGGAAGAAUGCAAAGUGUGGGUGUGGUGUUACUAUUUGCAUUGAAACAAUGUAAUUUGUCUCUUUUUUUCUUGACUUUUUUUUUUGCUUUGCUUGAUUUUUUUUUUUUUUAUUUCAAAAACUGUACAGUCCUAGGGGGGAAAAAAGUCUUUUCUGUUAAUAUAUUUGCAAUUCAUGAAAGGAUGUGGAAAAUCCAAAUAAAUUACUUUUAAAAGCAG